AUGGUUGUAGACUAUGUCACUGAUCUGUUCAAUCUAGAGGUUCACGGACUUCUCCCAACCGACCUUCGACGCCUUCUCUCCUCGCGCACCACCAACCAGGGCAUCGUCAACCAAGCCAACAUUCAACAGUCUGGAAGGCUAGCCAAAAGCCAGGAUGUCAGAUACAAUCCAUAUCAUGGAUCGAGAAUAUCAGGUGCAACGGAGGGUGACGUCGGACCAGGAGCACCGCAGCACACUCCAAUGCCACAGCCACCGCUGUCAUAUCCAGCAAAUCAAUCCGUUAGGAACUUGCCGUAUGGAUCCCAUUUGCCCACCAACCAGGUAGGUUCGAAUAAUACGGUAAUUUGA